AUGUUUUUCAAAAGACAUGCCGAGCCAGUCAGUAUGUGCACAGAGGAAGAGCUGGACAUCCUGUCGAACCGAUUGAGCGACUCCAUAUACUAUGAGGACAGAGUCGAUGCAUUGAACGAGAUAUUGAAGGCAUCGAAGAUACAUCCUGUCGAGGUGGGUGUUUGUGCACUGCAAAGCGUAAUAAACUCAAUGGAAGAGAUGGAAGAUGUUUCCAUGCAUAUUGAGGUAAUAAAGAACACUCUUGACUGUGUAAACAGGAUGGAAUUCAUCGACAUCAUUGUAAAUAAUCAUUCGAGCUUGAAUGCAAUAUGCACCUGUAUUCAGGAAAACAAAGAAGAAGAAAGCGUAUACGACCUGCUGUGCGAAUUAAGCGUAUCUGAAGCAUUUCCAAAAUGUAUGUCAAAGAUAUCGAAUGCAGCCUACUAUUGUGUUCGUAUGGUAAGGAAAGGGAAAACAGAGCUGAUAUCCAGAAUGAUCAAAUACGAUGUCAACUUCAAAAAGGAGCUCACGUUUGCAGAGGUAUUCGAAAACACACUAGGAAUGCUUAGAAACGGGUUUUCUAAGGAAAUGAUGGCACUGCUGGUUCUUCUGCUAAAAGACUGCACAUUCAAUCAAAACUACUUCAAUGAGUUGAAUUGGGAUGUCGUAUUGAAGUACAGAGCUGCACAUCAAAAUGAAACAGGCCAGGUUCUGGCUUCGCUUAUAGACCUGAAGAAUCCAGACUUCUCAAAGAUCCAGUGCACAGUGCACAAGCGAAUCGAAAUGCAGUCGCUAGUCAGCUCAAAUGAGUGGCGUCUUAUAUACCUUAUCAUAAAAGAUAAUGCUCAGUACACACAGGAGGCACUAGCGUUGAUUUCUGCAGAAAAUGUUGCAAACGCAUGCAAUCAAAAAGCAUCCACUGAACGAAACGAGGCAUAUUUGCUAGCAGACUAUCUUUUGAUGCACGACAGCUUUGACCUUCCAGAGUAUGAUUCAUACAGAAUAUGCACACUAAGAUGCUUUCAUGGCAAGCAGGCAUCCUUGGAAUCAGUUACAUCAAAAAUCAUAAGCGAAAUAGAAAUGCUUGAUAGAAUGGAUAUGUGCAGUGCAUUGGACUUGCUGGUAUUUGUCAUCUUCAAUUUUGAGACGUCUUGGGCAGGCAAGAUCACCACCAAGCUUAUUGAGAUAUUCAAUGACUACACAAGGCCAGAUAUACACAGAAAUUUAUGCCUGAUUGCCCUAAUGAUGCUAGAUACGCCAAUGGAUUCAAUAGGAAUCAAUCGGUAUGCCGCUGCACACAUUCUCAGAGAAGCAAGGCUUCAGUUGUGCUCAUUAGAGUAUCAUUCAGAACUCUACAUGGCCGACCGGAUGGUGGACACCUUAAUAGACAAUGUAAACGAUUUAAUACUCACGAAAUGUGCUUGUAUACCAAAAUGA